CUUUUGAAGUUUGUUUUUGUUUUGAACUUUUGAUGUUGUGAAAAUCGUUCAAAAAGUCCCAAUCAUGUCUUCGUCGGAAGAUGAAGUCCUCGAAUGUGACCUACCAGAAGUUAAUACUAAUAACACACUGCAUCCACACACAACGUCUAAGUAUAUGCACACAUACCGUAAAUUUCAUCAAUGGAAUAAAUCAAAUGGAAACCGACAAAUUUCGGAGGAAGUUCUGUUGGAAUAUUUUGAGGAUAUUGCGACAAGGAGCAAGCCAACAACAUUGAUCGCCAUGUAUUCCAUGCUAAAGGCGACCUUCCGUGAAAACGACGGCAUCGACAUUUCUGUAUUCACCAAGGUAAACGAGUACAUAAAAGAGAAAAACGCUGGCUACAAGUCCGUAAAGUCCAAAACAUUUACCAGCGACGAAAUCUAUAAAUUCGUUUUGGAAGCGCCCGAUUACAAAUGGUUAGAUGUGAAGGUGGUCUGCGCAUUUGCAAUAAAUGGGGCAUAUAAGGACCUCCUAAACGUAAUGCCCGAGCACGUUAAACGAUACGAUGAUCUGUUUUUGGUAACAAUACCUCAAAAAGCCGCCAUUCCUCAAUACACAUUCACAUUAACUGGACCGUUCGUCGACUUCAUACAACAAUAUAUCGAUCUGCGUCCGGAAAACGCUGCUCCAAAUCGGUUCUUCUUGAAUUAUCACCGUGAAAAGUGCACUGCACAACCGAUUGGCAAACACCAAUUCAACGGAAUGGCUCGCAGGAUCGCAGAUUAUCUAAAAUUGCCAGAACCGGAACGCUAUUCACGAUAUUCAUUUCGUAGAAGUCCUAACAUACCGUUCAGCGCCAAUCAGAAUGAUGGUGUUGAAGUGCAGACAACCGAACGGAUUGAGUUGGAUUAUAAGCCAAGACCACUGAAAAAGUCUUCGUUUAGCUACAUCCGAUCGCCGGUUUGUGUUACACACAAUACGGGUGCGAACAUCAAUGGGAAUCAUACAGACUCUGGACACAUAUGCACCUUUAGCUGCGGACAAGCUCAAUGCGCCUUGGAAGAAAAUGAACAGAGCGUGCUACAUGCGUUUCGCGUCAUGGCACCACCUGAAUACACCAUCACAGACGUUACACCCGCGGUGUAUCCUUCGAAGCCAGCCUGCAGAUGGAUAGUGGCGUAUGCACCCAGCGACAAUACAAUUAAUUCGCUCAAUGCUGACGAAGCGUUCGAAAGCAUUACACGGACGAUACCGUACAAUGUUCGAGUAGAUCAAAAAUAUAUUCGCGGAACAACGUCUCGGAAGUCAGCGGCAUAUGUGGUAGUGUAUGGAGUGAAUUGUAGAUGUCACAAAGAAGUCCCAACGGAGGACAUAUUCAGUUUUACAGUGAGCGAAGUGAAAUGUGAAAUUUAGAAUUUUUGGGCGAAAUAAAUUGUGGAGUGGAGAUCGAUCUCCAUCCCAUAAUCUGAUGAAAA